AAAGAGUCGUUGUUUACAACCGGAGCGUAUUCGCCGUCGCACCCCCUCGGCAAGUCGUUCGCAAGGAUUAGUCCUCAAACCUCACAGUUUUACAGUGAAACAAAAACUUUUGAGGUUCGUCAACAGCUGGAUGAGCCAAUUGACACACCUAUUCAAGAGAGUUGGAGAACCAGCAGGAACACUAGCCCUUGAGAACCAGAGUUUGACACUCCUGUCCUAAGGGGUUCCCUGGGAGCACAGCGGUGGGCAGCCUGUCAUCCAUUGCACCGCAGCUUCUCCUGGCAGAAGAGCGGCUUUAGGGUGAAGUCAGAGCUUAUGGCCAAACUCCAGGGCUUUGAGUUCUGGAGGAGGACCCUGAAGGGGGCGCGCUUUGUGGUGGCACCCAUGGUAGACCAGAGUGAGCUCGCCUGGCGCCUGCUGAGUCGUCGACAUGGUGCCCAGCUCUGCUAUACCCCUAUGCUCCAUGCUCAGGUGUUUGUCCGCGACGCCAACUACCGCAAAGAAAAUCUGUACAAUGAGGUCUGUGAGGAGGACAGACCACUGAUCACACAGUUCUGUGCCAAUGAUCCAGAGGUGUUCCUUCAAGCGGCACUGCUGGCCCAAGACCACUGUGAUGCCAUUGACCUCAAUCUCGGCUGUCCACAGAUGAUAGCUAAGAGAGGUCUACACAACUUCUACAGGCACUACGGAGUUUUCCUGCAAGAUGAAUGGGAACUGUUAGAGAAAAUGGUCAAAUUGGCCAAUGAAAAGCUGUCAGUGCCCAUCACGUGUAAGAUCCGUGUCUUCAAGGAAAUUGAAAAGACAGUCCGCUAUGCCCAGAUGCUGGAGACAGCUGGAUGUCAGCUACUGACAGUACAUGGACGAACCAAAGACCAGAAAGGAGCCAUGACUGGCGUCGCUAGCUGGGAGCACAUCAAGGCAGUCCGGAAGGCUGUCAAUAUCCCAGUGUUUGCUAAUGGCAACAUUCACCACCUGAGUGAUGUGGAGCGCUGCAUUCAGGAGACGGGGGUGCAGGGAGUCAUGAGUGCCGAGGGGAACCUCCAUAACCCAGCUGUGUUUGAAGGCCACAGCCCCCCUGUGUGGGAGAUGGCUGAGGAGUAUCUGGAGCUGGUGAAGCUGCACCCUCCCUGCAGCCUGUCAUACGUGCGAGCCCACCUCUUCAAACUCUGGCACCACACGCUGCAGAUACACAAGGAUCUGAGGGAGGACUUGGCCAAGGUGAAAAACCUUGAGGGUUUGGCUGAUGUCAGCAAACAGCUGAGGCUGCGCUGCCAGGAGCAUAUCGCCAACAGGAAGGAUGUGGACGAUCAGGAUGGCAGCCUGCCCUUCCCCCACUGGAUCUGCCAGCCAUACGUCAGACCAGUGCCCAAGGAACCAGUUGCCAAUGGCAACAGCCAGAGUUCAGAGGUAAAGAAGACGGUGUGUCAGAAGCGAGCGCUGGAAGACUCUGAUGGUUCUACUGAGAAUCUGUCCAAGAACAAGCUGAAGAAAAGGUCCCGCAACCCCAACAAGAACUUCUGUCCACAGCACAAAUCCAAGUACAUCAAAUGUGACCAGUGUGGGAACCCGAAGGGAAAUAAAUGUGUUUUUAAUCUGUGUCGGGGCUGCUGCAAGAAGAAGGCCUUCAAAGAGGUGGCAGACUGUCCAAGUCAUGGGCUCAGGUUUAAGACAAAGGCAGAGAGAUUUCAAGCAGAGGAGAACGAGAAAAAAGAGACCAGCACCAGUUCUGCUCAGCUGACUCCAGAUCAGACGGACCUGCAGGGUCAGUCACAGGCUCAGCCGCUGCUAUGAGCAAAGCCACAAACUAAGCUGCUCUUAUGAGCCGUCACAUGUCGGACUCUGAGCCACGUUCGCUUGGCUGACGGCAGGAGUUCAAACAGGACAACGUACUGUGUCUCUGGAAGACGUCUGCACUGGACCCAAGCUUCUCAUGAAACCGGACCUGGGAGCUGCCUGAUAUUUUUAUAAUGUAAAGAUCUAAGACAGUGAUUAGCUUGUGAAAUAGGAAAGAAUAAGUUUCAAACAUUAUUUUGUUGAAGCUGCAGAGCUGUCCCAGUUCAAAAGAAUGAGGUUUUAUUAAGUUUGGUUGCUCUUUAGUUAAACCUUUUAUUUUGACCUGCAGUGCACUGAAACAUGUUUGUGCCUUUUAAUGGGCAGUAACAGGAACAGAUCAUCGCGUGGCGAUCAUUGGAAACAUCCACUGAUGUUGGGUUAUUACUCCGCCUACCUUCACCUGGUCAGGGUCUAAUCAGUUCAUACACUACACAGACAAAUGUUGGGUCGCUUCAUUUUCUGUUGUCAAUAAAUGUAAACAUGAAAUGAGUUUUAAUGAGAGACGCUGCUGUGCACAAAGGGAACAGUUAUAUUAACACAUCCACAUGAAGUGAUUAUGAAACUUUAUCCAGCUGCUUCUAUCUGAUGGUUGUGACCGGUCAGUCAUCAGAGAUACGCUUUUUAAAAUCAGACAAACUCAAACAUGCUGUCGUUGCUCAUUUUUAAUCUGGGUUGUAUCGGUAUCAGCGGCUCUGCAGCAAGUAUUGAGCUUGAUUAUCAUCAGGCUGCUAAUCUCUGAAUCCACCACGUGCCUCAUCCAACGAUGAACGCCUUCAACUGUUCAACUCCUAAAUGAUGUUUUUUGAGGUUUUGAAUGACUCUUCAGUUUGCAGUUCUGUGAAAAUGUUCAUAGUUAAUGUUUUAUGUGUUGCUGUUUCAUUAAUUAGAACAAAAACACGACAGCAGACUAUAUUAAAUGGUUAAUACACCAGCAUUAGGGUCACUAAUGCUGGUUAUUUUUUAUCAGUGAUUCACAGAAUCAGUGAUUCACAGAAUCACUGAUGAAAUAUAGAUAAGACUUGUGCAUCGCGGCCCAAAGAGCAGCAGCUUAUGGAGACAUAUGUAGAAACAUAAUCUGUAUGAUGGGAAAGAUAAAAAAGGCUGCUUAGAAAAUAAAAGCUAAAAGAUGUCUUAGACACGUUUAAACCGUUAAA